AUGGCUGUCAACCUCUCCCCUCAAAACCAGCUGGGCUUCCCCCGCCCGCUGACCCAAAUCGUCAAGCGCUCGCUGCUCAUCCACAACCCCAACUCCCAGCCGGUCGCUUUCAAGGUCAAGACGACGGCGCCCAAACAGUACUGUGUCCGCCCCAACCAGGGCCGCGUUGAGCCUGGCGAGAAUGUCGAGGUGCAGAUUGUGCUGCAAGCGCUUGCUGCUGACCCUCCCCCCCACGCCAAGUGCAAGGACAAGUUCCUCGUGCAGUCGGCGUUCAUUCCCCCUGACGAGGAGAUGCACUCGCUGCCAGAGAUGUGGGCACAGGUCGAGCGCACCAACAAGGCGUCAAUUCACGAGCAGAAGAUCCGCUGUGCGUACCUCUCGGCAGAGGACGGGACGGGCAACCCCAACGGCAUCCCUGAGGAGAACGAGGACAGCAUGUCGCCGAUUGACCACUCCAGGAUGGACGAGUCGGGCAUUUACUCUCAUGCUGAGACCGACAUCGGCGGCUCACCCGUCCCCAAGCAGAUGCCCUCUUCGAACGGCAACAAGGACCUCCCGAUUCCGCCUUCGCUUGGCGGUCCCGCCGCCGCCGCCGCUGGCAUUCUCGGUGCGGGCGCGGCUGCUGUUGGUGGUGCCCACGUGCUGAACGCGACUUCGGGCCCGUCUGCUGGCGCAGGCGAGACCCAUCGCGAGAUCCCCUCCCUCUCCGCCGCCGACGUCCAGGCCGCUGGUGCGCCCACGAACGCCGCUCUCGAGCGCUCGCUCGACGUGACCACGAGCGAUUCGGAGAAGCUUCGCAUCGUUAUGCAGGAGAACGAAAGCCUCAAGCAGCAGCUCAUUGCGCUGCAGAACGCUGCGCCUGCGGCGUCGGGCCUGCGGAAGCGUGGUGGUGCUGGCGCGGACGUUACUGGCGCUGGUACCAAGACGACGACUGUGACGGCACCGGCACAGGCGUCUGGUGUGCCGCUCGAAGUGUGCGCCGGCCUGGUGUUUGCUGUCUUUGUCCUCACGUAUCUCUUCUUCUGA